AUGGGCUAUAACCGACCACGUUUUCCAAUUCCAAACGAUUUGAGGCUCCAUGAACAACUUCCAAUUAAUAAUCAAAGCCCAACAUUGCCUGAUUCAAAUACUAUGGGUGCUUCUAUUUUCGAGACUCCAAUUUCUACCAAACCACCCUUGGACAUUUUCCAAAAGAAAUUGCAUGAAGUCAAUCUGCCAAAAAAUUUUGUCAAAAUUAAUAACAAUAAAGCAGUUGAAACAAACAAGUUUUACGGGAAUAUGUUUUUAGAUAGACAAGACAAUCCUGUUUGGACACACCCCUAUUCUAUUUGGUGGUCUAGAGAUAAUUUCCAAGGUAUGGCUGUCUCUCAUAUUAAAAAAGAACAAAGAGUUUUUGGACCACCUGAUGCCGGCGAUCCAGCCCAAUAUUAUUUCAGUCCCACGGGAAUUAAGUCUUUUGUUUUCAGUUAUGCAGAGGAUAUUAAUUCUAUGGAACUUGGAUUUGAAAAUGCCAGGCACAUGUCUAUUGAAACCAAAUUGAUGAAAUCUGAAAAUGAAUACAUACGUUUCCCACUCAUACAGGGUAUGGGAUUUGUUACUGCGAUCUAUUAUAACUUGACCCCAAAAUUUUAUUCUCAGGUCGGUUUUAGAGAUAUCCAAGCAAUGCCACCUCCACGUGCUGGAAUGCAAAAAUAUAAGCUAUUGUUGGAAAACAAUGUCUCAUGGAAUUUGUACAUAUCAAGUUCAGACACUGAAAUAACCUUAACUAGGGUAGAUGGUAACACUUUGGUAGCAAACAAAUUUUGUAACAAGGCAGUUUUUCAAAUUGUUGCUGACACAAUAGCUGAGAUCGAUAAUGCUGCAGGGUGUUAUCCAGUGGAUGUUAAUUUGAAUGGAUCAGUGGCAUCAGAUAUAGGUUUGGGACAAUACAGUUUUGUGUAUGUAGUGGAGGGAAAUUCAAACAGUGGAUGUAGUUUACUUUAUGCUUUGCCGCAUCAUCUUUCUACAUUCACACAAGGCACGUUAUCUAAAAUAAUUCCCACUCAAUUAGAUUCAACAACUUAUGGCUUGAUGCAAGGUCUUAUAACCAAUAUUUUGCAAUUACAGGUGGAAACUCCUUCUGAUAUUCUAUUUGCUCCUAAACGUAGUACAUUUAAUGGUGGGACUGAAUCUGCAAAAUACUCCCCCGAUGUUUUAAGUUCUAUUUCUAAGGCCGCAACUCUAGAAGUUGAAACAUCAAAUGUUUUGGCUGAAACAAAUUUAGAUUCAAUGUAUUUCAGUGGGAAAGCUUUAGCUAAAUAUGCUUGGAUAUUAUACUCAUGUUACUAUGUAUUGGAAGAUUUAACCUUGACCAAAAAAUUAUUACCAGAAUUGGAGACAGCAUUGCAAAAAUUUAUUGAAAACAAACAAAUUCUACCGUUACAGUAUGAUACUACGUGGGGCGGUUUAGUUUCAUCUGGAACAAAUGCUCAAGAUUUUGGAAACUCCUAUUAUAAUGACCAUCAUUUCCAUUAUGGUUAUCAUAUUAUUACAGCAGCAAUUAUUGGACAGAUAGAAAAAGAAUUAUCUGGAAAUUCUAAUUGGUUGCUAACGAAUAAGGACUGGGUGGAAUGCUUGUUGAGAGAUUAUGCCAAUCCAAAUAUAAAUGACGACUUUUUCCCUGUAUUCAGAUCCUUUGAUUGGUUUGGCGGGCAUUCUUGGGCCAAAGGGUUAUUUGCAAGCGGGGAUGGCAAGGAUCAAGAAUCCAGUUCAGAAGAUGCAAAUGCUGCUUAUGCAAUUAAGUUAUGGGGUCAUGUAACAAACAAUGAAAACUUACAAAACAUCGGUGAUUUAAUGUUGGGGAUUAUGAAAGUAUCAUUUAAUGACUAUUUCCUAUAUACAGACGAUAACAAAGUAGAACCACCUAAUUUUAUUAAAAACAAGGUUAGUGGGAUUUUUUUUGAAAACAAAAUAGAUCAUACCACUUAUUUUGGCACCAAUAUCGAAUACAUACAGAUGAUUCAUGCUAUACCUAUAAUUCCAUGCUCUUCUUUUAUCAGGUCUCCAGAAUUUGUUAGACAAGAGUAUGAAGAAAAGUUGGCACCAGUUGUCAACAAUAUAAAUGAUGGUUGGAAGGGUAUAGUGAUGUUGAAUUUGGCAUUAUAUGAUCCAAAAGCAAGUUUUGCAUUUUUUAAUACACCGAAUUUUAAUCGUGGUUAUUUAGAUGGUGGUCAAAGUUUGACUUGGUCCUUGGUUUAUUCUGGCGGAUUCGUUUAG